UUAAAAAAACAAGAGCCAAUAAAACGUCCCGAGACGGUGUUUAUGCCCGGAACUGUACGAGAGAUGUAAACAAAGAAAGCGGGUGAGUUUAUCUUUUACUUUCUUUAAUAAAUUUAAGACCUUAUUUUAAAAACGUGCAAUGUAGUUGCACUCAGAAAUGAUUUACUUUUUAUGCAUGCAGGUCGAUUUGCAGAGCAAAAGCAAAAUUCGUGAUGCGAUGAUUUUUGAAAGUUGUGAAAUAGGACCGGUUCAAAUCAACAGUGGACAUAUGCCUAUAUACUUCGUCCUAGUUUAUGCUAGUUAGAGAUUUAAAUGUCAACGUGGAAAGAAUGUCCUACAGCUGUUUUGUUGAAGGGUUUUUAUCCACCUAGGUGCAUGUUUGGCUAAGAGGAGGAGCGAGCGCUGCAUAGAGGGCGCUAAGAACCAGAGGCGGCGCCGACGUACAUUUUACUGUUUUUAAGCUGUCCGCAAGCUAUUCGUUAUCCUUAAACUAGUGAAGAGAAUUUUGUAUAAUAAAUAGUAUGAUAUUUUUAAUAUAAAGUGAUUUUUCCAUUCGACAAUGCUUUUCAUGGCCAAUGAAAUUUGGAAAUAAACUGAGUAUUGUAAACUAUUUGGCAAUGGUUAUGAUUAUAAAUUGUAUUUAACCUUGAAAUGAUACUCUUUUAUUUUCAGUAUUUGCUUUGUUUUUACUGAAAGUCUUUUUGUUGGACAUGUAUAUACAGUAGUCUGGUUUGAAUAAAGAUACAUAAAAACAGAUGACUAAAAGUUACGGCUAAAAAGUUAGUAUCCCACUUGUUCUUAAGACAACAGUUAAAUUGAAAAUGUCAUGCUUUUAAGAUUUUUCUCCGCCCUUAAAAUAUAUUAGAGGGAUAUGUUUUGAUAAUAUACAUGUCCAUUUGUUUGACAUUUUACAGCAAUAGCUGUGUGAACUAAAGCCAUGUUGAGUUAAUAUUAAGUAUAUACUCACAGCUGGGGGAGUGGGAUGGGUAACUUCGCACCGACACAAUUAUAGCUAGGUCAUACAGCGACUUUCCAGCUUUGGUGGUGGAGAAGUACCCCAGGUGCCCGUUCAUGCAUUUAUUCAUUAUGGGCGGGCGUCUGGGUAACAAUCGACCUUCCGUAAGCCAGUUGGAUGACUUCCUUACCUUAAGUUACAUUAAAAUAUCAUAUACAUGUACAUCUAAUGACCCUAUGUUUGAGCGCCACGAAAAUGUUAAAAGAGAUAAAGAGCAAUUAUCAAUGCAGUUUAAGGAAAACGAACAGUUUGAUAUUAACUUAAAACCGUUAAACGCCCUAAUAUUAAAUGUACGCUGGCUCCGCCUCUGGUUCUUCGCGCCACUUCUGCAGCACUGACCACACCUCUUGUAGACGGAUGUAACUCGUAAACUAACCACGUAGGUUGUACAGCUAGAAGACAUUCUUUUUAACGAGAUACAUAUGACGACUUUGAAAUUUCUCAUUUGUGUAAAUUAGAACAAAAUAUAUAGACAUAAAAGUAUGUCCGCUGUAGGUUUGAACCUUUCCUAUUUCACAACUCCCAAAAGUCUUCAAAACCAAGAAAUGCGUUCGCUCUGCAAAUCGAUCUGCAUACAUAAAUGUAAAACCAUUUUGUCACUGAAAGUUAAAUAUCAACCCACCCUCUUUCUUUGUUAACAUUUCUUGUAUAGUUCCGGUCGAUAGCACCGGAAAUAUUGGCUUUUUUCCAGCUCACCUCCGUAAAGAGAAGGAGCCAAUGUUUACAGGCCGUGUGUACUACAACAUAGAAAACUGUUAAGUUUACAAAAGACGAUGGUUCAUAUUACCCGAGGGAGUAAUAUUGUAGGAAGAUUUUGCAAUUUUAUCAAAGUUUUAUGCAGUUAAAUGGAUGAGAAAAAAACGCUUUGUUCUCUUGAAUUUCUACAGUAAAGGAAUAUUUAUGAGAACAAAAGAGUACAGAAAUGUCAUCCUACAUCAAAUUAACAUUGCAGUAUUUGUUUUUAAUUCUCACCUUACUGGCAAGCACUUAUUCCGCUCAAGGAUGUGAUAUUCGGUGUAAAUGCGGCAAAAACAAAAUGAGAUGCGACAAAUACAUGCCACUUAAACUUCCUGAUGGUAUAAAAAUGCUAACUGUUGAAGGUAAGGCCGAUGAGACAGGAGUAGAUAAGUUCUGGACUGACAACAGCUGGAACAAGCUCGAGUCCAUGACUUUGCAAAAUUAUAGUGGUUACUCAUUUGGUGAAAUCUAUCGUUUCAGCAAUUUGAUCAAUUUAAGCUAUUUUGGUCCUCAUAGCACUGACUUUGACCAACUAAAAAAUUCCAACCUGAAAGCAAUGCCGUAUUUGAAAGUGUUAGACUUAUCUGGAACAACUAGACUUAGAUUUCCUGUUGUACUUUCUGCGCUGAAAGGCGGUAAUUUGCCAAAUCUUGAAGUAUUAAAUCUAGACUCUGUAGCAACGGAUGGCGCCUAUACAUCUAUGAAUCGUUUUGGCAACUCUUUUAUAAAGGUACUGCUGGGAAAACCUCUGAAAAAGCUCAUUAUUACUAAUACUAUGCUUGAAAUAGAUACUGCGUUACUGUUUCAGAUACAUACAUUAGAGUUUCUAAAUAUAUCUGGACCAUGGAUACCUUCAAACAACGUGCCGAUUCCUCAGGAAUUUCGUGAAACCAAUAACGUAACGUUGGAUUUAAGCGUGUCAAUGAUUGAGGUUUUUAAGACGAAGACUGAUUUUGUAAUACGGGAUUUCUAUGCGAAGUCAUGUCUCUUAAAUGCAUUCCUUAAAAUGAUGACAUCAGUGACAAAUUUAUACUUAAACAACAUUUUAGAUAUGAGGGUAUCACUAAUAAAUGUGACAUAUAACAUGUCCCACUGUUUGGAAGGAAGCGAUGUCAAAGUGAACACCAAAACUCUCUUCCUGCGGAAAAACGGUUUAAAGCAGAUCGACGUUAAAUUCAUUGAUAAUACAGACAUUGGACUUACCUUUUUGGACCUGUCUGGCAAUAUACUAGAAUACGUGUCACCAGACUUUUUCAAAAUACUUGGCAGUCUUUCCACGUUAGAUCUUAGUUCCAAUUAUUUGUAUAAAAUGGAACAAAAUCCCCACUUCGAACUUCUUUUCAAGCAUGUAGCAAAACUAAACUUUAUCAACUUAUCCGCAAAUCAAAUAUCUGUUAUUCCAAGUAAAAUAUUUACACAUAACAAAAAUCUUGCUAAAAUUGAUCUAUCUUUAAACAAAAUUAGUAAAGUGGAUUUUAAUAUCCAACAGCUUCACGAUUUAAAAAUCCUGAAUUUAGCGGGUAAUCGUAUACAGUUUAUAGAAAUGGACUUUCUUCAGAAACUGGACAAACUAUCAAUCUUUCCAAGUUUAAAGGUACACAAUGGUAAUGAUGUAACCACAAAGGUCAUAAUUCUUAAUGACAAUCAGUUUCAUUGUUCCUGCAAUAGUGUUACUUUUCUUAAAUGGUUGAUGUCGCAGUACAAUCAAACGGAAACAAAGCGCGCACCGACCUGUCUUCUCGACGGAACAUCUACUGCGUUAGAUGUAGGUGUAAUUGGAAAAAGCAAAUUUCUUUGCAUAAAAGAAACUGUUACAAUAGCAACAUAUAUUUCAUCUGUGUUGUUCGUGGUGGCAAUAAUCAGCAUACUUUUUGUGUGUUAUGUCCGACGGCGCCGGCGUAUCAAAGGAGACAGGGUGAAACGGCUAAAACAAACACUUUGUGAACAAACUGCUGCUAGGUAUCUCAUAUUUUUCUCUUACUGUGGAGAAGAUGAAAACAUCGCAAUGGAACACAUUUAUCCUAAAUUAUCACAGGCGCUGCGUACAUGUGUGGAUUGUAAUCAAGAACUGAUAUGUGUGGGCAAUCUCAAGUUUCGGCCUGGUUUCUCUAUUCAUGAGGAAAUGGUAAAGUGUAUUUCUGAAUCUUAUGUUGUUGCACUGCUUGUAUCGAAUGCAUUUUGUGAAAGUCGUUGGUGUGAAACCGAAAUCAAAGAGGCAGCUACUCAGAAUAAACCUGUAGUUCUUUUUCUGCUAGAUCAUGUUGAUGAAGAUAUGAUGUCACCUUACUUACGAACUCUGUUCCGCAGAUACACAAGGGUUAUAAUUACAAUUAAGAACAAUGAAGUUGAGCUAAGUCCAGACAUGAGCAUUAUUUGCCAAUCUCUGAUUGAACUUGCAGCCGACAGUCAGAAACAAGGUGGUUUCUAUGAAUUAUUUGACAGAUCGGUGCACUAUGCUUGUUGCAAGAUAUAACGCGGGCACAGAAGAUACUGAAAUUGAAAUUAUGCAAAAACUAAAACUAAUCUCCCAUUUAAAAACUUGAAUAUAGGUAUAUAUUUGAUGCUAACGUUGCUUUCAAAAUAGUGCACGCUUUCUUUUGUUUUUCUUUUUGCAUGUAGUAUAUUGCAAAGGCAUACUUCAUUUUAUAGUAGCCGACCGUAUAUAUAUACAGUUUGAACAUUGCAAUAUUUUUUUCUGUGUAAACGAAUCAUAUACAUCCAUGUCUUAUCAACUCAUUCAUUCACUUUUGCCGUUAAUGUAGUAACGUAUCAAUGUUUUCGCUUUUGGCAGAAUGCUGAAUAUUGUUUGAAAUAACUAAUGUCUACCUGAAUGGCCAGUAUUCUAUGUAGAAGAAGUAAUUGCAAUGACAAAAAAUAGCAUUUUUGCCAAACGUUAGCAAUAACAUCUUACAUAGAUGAUUAUAAAAAACACAUAGCCAAAUGAGGUAUCAACACAAAUCAAAUUAGAUUCUUUCUGAAGUCUUAAGAGCCUCUGAUUAAAUAUUAAUUUGUAGGAGAAGUAUUUGUGCAUGUCUGUAUUAUUCACUUAAUACAAAAACUUUUAACUGUAUAAUUGAUUCGACCUUCAAAUCAAACCGUUUCAGUAACUCUUUAAAAAUAUCGUAAUAUGUACACUACAACAGUAUGCCAGCUAGACAAUUCUCCCGGUACAUUGGAGUAAUUCAAUGGUCUACCAGGUAUGCAUGGAAAAUAUCCUUUGGGCUUCCUACGAUUAUGCUUAUCAUGUGUUACUCUUAUCGACAUCAGAACGCGGACAGCUGAAGUAUUGUCUUCACGAAUUGUCAAAUCAUUCCGAUAUAUUAAUUUUGACUAACUACAGAUCCUUUAAAAUUAUUGUUACAUUCUGCAGACGUGGCAAAAACAAUUCAGACAAAAACACGUUUUAAUGGACAAGAAAUUCUUCAUGCAUAAAAAUGUGAAUAUCAAGGCAUUGCAAUGACCUGUAAAAUAGGGAACAAACAGUCCAUUCUUAACAUUUACUCUGUUAGAUUUCUAAAAUGGUCCGGUCCAUCAUUCAGUUUGGACAGUACUACUUAUUAUUCAGAGAAGUAUUCACUGAAAAUUUUCUGACUAAACAUCGAACAGUGCAAACCAUGAUCAGCCUGCAUGGCUGAUCUUGGUCUGCACCGGCCGCAAAGGCAAAAUCCCUUACCGCCAGCAGGCUAACGGCGGAAUACGAAAGCGUUUUGUAACUUAAGUUCAUUCAUCGGACAACACUCAUGCACUCAAAGGAAAUAUGGAGUGCCUUAAACAAAAAAUAUUAUAAAUUUAAGGAGAAAAUUUUCAAAAUUCUCUUUGCUUCUAUAUGAAAAAUCUAUUAUCAAAGGUACAGUUUGCUUACAUGCCAACUAUUUAUUAAACAGAAUUGUCAAUGUGGGUGGUCUAGAAUAUUCAUUUUGUCACAGUUAUCAACAAUCAAGUUUCUUAUUACAAACGCCAUAGGAACAAUUCUUUGUUGCAUUGUAGAGAAAUGUAAUACUCGUAAUUUACGUAGAUAUUCAAUACUAUCUUUUGCAGAGAACCAUAAGUAGAUUUUAAAAUUGAAAGAAUUAUUUUUUAAUUUAACAUAAAAAAUGGCAGAUAUAGGCAAACACUGUAAUGAGAAACUUUAAGAUGUUUGUGAGGCGAGCUGUAUUGAAGUUUUUAAUAUACCACAUUAAGUUUAUAAAUGGACGAAACGAGGUUUUAAGUCGCACACCGGGAUAACAUCGCAGUGCACUUGCCAAAAUAUGUAGCUUCUCGGUGGAGUCAAGAACAUGCUUUUUUCACAAAUAUGAUAAAAAAUUCUCAUCAAAGCGUAUAAGAUAAGAAAGAUAAAACAAUUGUUGAUUAACGUGACGUAACGUAAACAUAUAUAAUUACAUGCAAUAUUUAACAGUUAAACACACUCGACCCAAUGGGCCUAUAAGUUUAAAGGAAAUGCAGUACAAAAGAACAUGUGUUAUGUCACAUAAAACGCACAUUAUUUUCUGAAAUUAUAAACAGAGAUAAUCAAUAAUUUCAAUAUCAUACCAGGUUCACCAGGGUGAAACACACACACACACACACACACACACACGCACACACACAAGCACACACACACACACGUACACACACGAGAAUACGUAUGCCUGUACUGUUUUAAGUCAACUGGAGGAUUUUGGUGGAUUUUGAUGUUUGUAAUAUUAUAUUUUACCGCUUUAUAUGUCUCUUAUAAUUCUAAAAGUGAAUGGCAAUUUACUUAUGUUUAAUGCUAUGUUUGUAUAUACUUGUAGUUGCAAAUGGAAGAGACUGAAAUAAAUGAAUGAAUGAAUGAAUGAAUGAAUCGAUCGAUCAGUUAAUCAAUCAAUCAAUCAAUCAAGCAAUCAAUCAGUUACAUACUGAUACAUGUAGGAAGCACAGUUUGUCAAACAUUUAACAGAUUUGAUCAAUUAUCACAUGAUCAUAAAUGUGAAUACAUAUCAAUAGACUGAAAAUAAAUAAAUUUUCUACUUAUAUGCAACCGGGGCUUGGUUGGUAGUAGUAAAACCAACGCUGUCGGUUCUAACUCACUUUUAUUCUGUCUAUAUGGACAAAGCCUAAAAGAAAUGAUAACAUCUGUUUUACAAAUCGUUGAACAACAUAUACAAGGUUCAUCAAUAUCAGCAUUCGAAAGACAAUACAAAUUAUGAUACAAUAUCAUGAAAAGAAUAAAUAAUUCUUACUAGGAUCACAUUCAAAAGAUCUAAACAGAUUAUAUGUCUAUAUAGAAAACUUCUAAUUAUAUCAUAGUAUACUUUAGACAGUACUGCAAAGUACGUCUUACGUGUACAGAACAAAGAAGUGGAGUGUCCAGAGAAUAGAAAGAUAGGCGGGAAGAAAAUGUUUCGCAUGGUUAGUAUACAUGCACGUGCAAAACUGGUGAACACAUUCAUACGACAUACAUUCAGUAAUUCAGAUAAAUAUACAUAUCUUGGUUUGUUAAUUAAUGAACACCUUGAUUUAUAUGUGACUUCUAAGAUGGUGGCUAAGAGUGGUGGAGGGAAAUACACACCAACUGUUGCAGUCUCCGGUGAAAUGGGGUGGGUACCAAUGCACAUAAGGCGAUGGAAAUUGGUAGUUAACUUUUGGUCACGCAUUUCGUGUACUAACACAACAGAACAAAUAAGCGGAUAGCAAACUGGGCUUCCUCAAAGUCAGGUCAUUGCAAAAGCUGGUAUUAUUGGGUGUGUAAACAGCUUAAUGAUUUAGAGUUGAAUCAUUUUUGUAAUAUUGCCACACUUAUCUGUAAAUCCAGUAGUGUUAUGUUGGUUGAGGAUCGCAUGUUGGUCAAUUUCAAAAAUGAUUGGAUUCUAAAAGUGUGAAUGCAUAUACAGGCCCAUCAGGUAGAGGCCGUAAUAAACUAAGAACUUAUUGCAUGUUUAAAGAUGAAUACUGUGUUGAAAAGUACUGUAAGAUGAGUCUGCCAUGAAGUCAUAGGUCUGCUUUCAGCAAAUUUAGAUGUGGGGUAGCUCCCAUACGUAUCGAGACUGGUCGAUAUGAAGGUUUACUAUUAGAUGUGCGUCUCUGUCCAUUUUGUAAUUUAAUAGAAGAUAAAACUCAUGUAUUGUUAGAAUGUCAGUUGUACAAUGACCUUAGGUCUACCCUUUUUGACCAGGCGGAAAGUGCUGUUAACAAUUCAAGCUUGCUGCAUUGACUAAUUCAGAUAAACUUAGGGUGUUGUUUUGAAAUACUAUGUGCCAAAACCUGCUUUCUUAGUUUACAAAAGAAGAAAUGUUUACUUCUGUAAAUAAUGUAACAACUGAUUAAUAUAUUCAUGCAUCUUUUUAGUACUGCUGAGUAAUGACUGCUAAUUAAAUCGGUCUCAAUCUGAUUGAGACGGGCAAGGCUAUUGUAUACCCAUUUCUUAGCCUGUGCAAUAGUGCUAUUUUUCAUGUUCAGCAUUUUAAUAGCUCUGGUUUUGUUUUUUAAGUUUGGUUUUAGCAUAAUAAAUAAGCAGUUACUCCUCUGGUUUACCUGUGAAUAUAUAAAUAUGUACAGUGUUAUUUACUUGUAAAAUGUCUCUUACAAUUCAACGUAUUGAAUGGCUAUACACUGUGUUAAGUUGUUGUAUAUACAAGUAUAAAUUUUACUGUAAUGUGUAUAGAUGAGACUGAAAUAAAUGUAAAAUCUUCAA